AGAGCUUCCUCGCUACGGACGCCCCCGGACUUGACCUGUGACGGCGAGGGUGCCUUGGAAGAAAGACCUGGCAAUCUGCUUCUGAAAGAUCACAGCCAUUGGAAGCCCUGUGGAGCACAGUUCUACUCUGACACGUGUGGAGUCACCGUGGCCACCAUGAUCUCCUGGGUGCUCUUGGCCUGUGCCCUCCCCUGUGCUACUGACCCACUGCUUGGUGCCUUCGCCCGCAGGGACAUCAAGAAGGGCCCCCCUCAACUCAUCUGCAGCAUGCCUGGCCCUCAAGGCCCACCCGGUCCCCCAGGAGCCCCAGGGCCCUCAGGAAUGGUGGGCAGAAUGGGCUUUCCUGGCAAAGAUGGCCAAGAUGGCCAGGAUGGGGACCGGGGGGACAAUGGAGAGGAAGGUGCACCUGGCCGGGCAGGUAACCGGGGAAAGCCAGGACCAAAGGGCAAAGCCGGGGCCAUUGGGCGGGCUGGCCCUCGCGGCCCCAAGGGGGUCAGUGGUGCCCCAGGAAAGAAUGGCACACCAGGCAAGAAGGGGCCCAAGGGCAAGAAGGGGGAUCCAGGCCUCCCGGGCCCCUGCAGCUGUGGCAGUGCCCGCGCCAAGUCAGCCUUCUCGGUGGCAGUGACCAAGAGCUACCCACGGGAGCGACUGCCCAUCAAAUUUGACAAGAUCCUGAUGAAUGAAGGUGGCCACUACAAUGCGUCCAGCGGCAAGUUCGUCUGUGGUGUGCCAGGGAUCUACUACUUCACCUACGACAUCACACUGGCCAACAAGCACCUGGCCAUCGGCCUGGUGCACAAUGGCCAGUACCGCAUCCGGACCUUCGACGCCAACACAGGCAACCAUGAUGUGGCCUCAGGCUCCACCAUCCUGGCUCUCAAACAGGGUGACGAGGUCUGGCUGCAGAUCUUCUACUCGGAGCAGAACGGGCUCUUCUAUGACCCUUACUGGACCGACAGCCUCUUCACAGGCUUCCUCAUCUACGCCGACCAGGACGACCCCAAUGAGGUGUAGAUUGGACUGGAGUUGUGCACCCUCAAGGAGGGAACAAGCUUCUGGACUUGUGGUUGCAGAGCAAGACCCCCAAACAGACUCCUGAGGGUUGGGAGUCGGGAGCUUCUAGCUUCAGGCUGACCUCUUCUGUCUCUUUAUCCCUCCAUCAUUAAAUCCAAGCUUUUACAUUCA